UGUACUCUCCCCACCUUCUCCGACACUCAUAAAACUAUCAAAAUUACAAUAAACCUCCAAAACCUCAAUUCCAUUUGCAGUUACGCCCCCCCUCCCCUCUUCGGCAACUGAGAACCCUCUACCAAUGGCGGUGAGGGCCACGGUGGGUCGGUUCCCUAUCGACCCCGACGCGCUGGAGUCGUCGGGGGUGCCGUGGGGGGUGACGCUGACGCCGUUCGCGGCGCGGGACGAGAACGGGAACCCCCCGUUGUACGGAUCCGACGGCCACCUCCUGCCGCGGUGCGAGAACUGCUGGGCCUACUACAACACCUUCUGCGAGCAGGAGCAGUGGGCCUGGACCUGCUCCCUGUGCGGGACCCUCAACGGCCUCCCCUCCGAGGCCGUCUCUCGCUACUCUCGCCCCCAGUCGUGCCCCGAGAACACCUCCUCCUUCGUAGAUCUCGAGUUGCCGAUGGAAGGAAAUGAAGAAGAAGCAAUGCAGGCCCGUCCAGUUUAUGUUGCUGCUGUUGAUUUGUCAUCUUCAGAAGAGUUUUUGGAGCUUAUAAAAAGUGCUCUAUUAGCGGCUCUGGAAGCUCUUGGGCCUGGAUCUCUGUUUGGGCUUGCUACAUUUAGCCACAAAAUAGGCUUAUAUGAUGUUCAAGGGCCUGUUCCAGUGGUGAAGAAUGUCUUCAUCCCCCCUGAUGUGGAUGACACCUUGCCAAUGGAGCUUGAAGAUGUCAUGCCUUUGCUGUCAUUUUUGGCCCCGGUGGAAACCUGUAAGGAUCGUAUUGCAUCUGCACUUGAAGCACUAAGACCAACAAAUUCAUGGGAAAGGACCACAGCUGCAGGUCAAGGAUUAGAUGGAGUUUUGCUUGGUGGGCGAGGUUUUGGAUUAGCAAUGGACGCCUUGUUCAAUUACCUUAGUUCAGAGUAUGGAAGCACAUUUGCAUUAGCCAGAGUCUUUGCAUUUUUGUCUGGCCCUCCUGAUUUUGGAGCUGGUCAACUAGACACAAGACGGUACGGUGAGCAAUAUGCUAGUAAAGGAGAGGAUGCUGACCGUGCUUUACUUCCUGAGCAGACACCAUUUUACAAAGAUCUGGCUGCUGUCGCUGUUCAAGCAGGUGUUUGUGUGGACUUAUUUGCUAUUACAAAUGAGUACACAGAUUUGGCAUCCCUCAAGUUUCUUAGCAUUGAGAGUGGUGGGUCAUUGUUUCUGUAUUCUAAUACUGAUGAUUCAACGCUUCCUCAGGACAUGUAUCGUAUGUUGAGUCGUCCAUAUGCCUUCAAUUGUAUACUACGGCUGAGGACGUCCUCUGAAUUCAAAACUGGGCAUUCUUAUGGCCAUUUCUUCCCGGAUCCUCAGUAUGAAGAUGUUCAACACAUCAUUUGUUGCGAUUCUUAUGCCACAUAUGCAUAUGACUUCGAUUUUGCCAACAAUGUUGGAUUUUCCAGGCACACAUCAGAGCCUCCCAUGCUACAGAUUGCAUUCCAGUAUACGGUAGUUGUGCCUCCUGAGGAACUGUUGAAUUCUGCCUCCAGUUCUCCAAGUAGAAACAAGUAUUCUCUAAAAAGGAGAUUAAGGAUUCGAACUCUUCAAUUUGGAACUGCUCGUAACAUUACUGAACUUUAUGACAGUGUUGAUCCUGAAGCAGUUUUAUCAAUACUUGUUCACAAGGUUAUAUCAGCCUCGUUGGAGCAAGGAGUUCGGGAAGGCAGGACAUUGCUACAUGAUUGGCUUGUAAUCCUUACAGCACAGUAUAAUGAUGCUUGUAAACUAGUUCAGUAUGAUCAUGGCAGUUCAACAGCAGCUCGCAUUGACAUAGCAUUGUCGCAAUGCCCACAACUGCAGCCUUUACCUCGCUUAGUUUUUGCUUUGCUUCGUAAUCAACUUCUCCGUUUCCAUGAGGAAGGAGUCCACCCUGACUACCGGAUAUACCUGCAAUGCCUCUUCAGUGCUCUAGAACCGAGUUCUCUUCACCGUGCUAUAUACCCACUGCUGACAUCAUAUGCAACUCCGGAUAAACAAGCAUUUCCUCGCCAUUCUUUGAGCCGUGCUGCAUUGAUAACGAGCGGCAGUCCAAUAUUUUUCCUCGACGCAUUUACUACUCUCAUUGUGUUUUAUUCCUCUACAGCUGAUCCUUCACUUCCUUACCCUCCACCUCACGACUGCUUAUUGAGGACUACAAUUAACAAACUAAAGCAAGAGAGGAGUAUAACUCCGAGGCUAAUAUUCCUCAAGGGAGGACAGGAUGAUUGCACAUCGUUUGAGAACUAUCUUAUUGAGGAGCAGGACGUAGAUGGAAGUGGGUUCACAAGCAUGAUGGGUUUUGUUUCCUUCCUCGAGGAAAUCAGUCAAAGUGUCAUCGAGUACAUGAAAUAAGAGACUUAUACCCAGUUAAAUCGGAUUCAAAAUUAUACGAGAGGGAUGAAUUACAUAAAAUGAUGGGGUUGCUUAAAUUUGGCGCUCUUGCAAAAUCUUGACAAUGAACUACUUGAAGACUCAAAACUGUUUAAAGUAGAGGAAUAGAGUGGGCACUGUUUCCUUUUCUGUUUCAGUCCCAGUUGGAAGAUCCCUUUUGGUGUGGACUACACAUAGUUUACUCUCAGGCAAAAUCCGCCUUUGUUAAAUGAAAGAAAAAGUUGCAGGGUUAGACGAUUUUGUCAUUUGGUUUGAGCUUUAGAUAAGGUGUCUCAUUAUUUUUUGUCUGAGUCGACCCAUUUGUAUUUUUGACGAUACCAUUGCGUGUGAUUGACUGAAAAUAAUUAACCUGAUUUGUAUUGUUGUUGAGCACCUGUUGGAGCAUGCAUUGAAAAUGAUUCUCUUAUUAACUUUAUAUUUCCAA